CAGCAGACACUUUCAAUAAUUUCAGCAACUGAUGCAUGGCCAGCUGCCUGUUUGUCCUUUCCCCUCCUCUGCUCUCAAAACUAUUCUCCUGCUUCCAUUCAUUCCCUCUCUCUCUGUCAUCCUGCCAUGCGCUGUUCCUCCGGCGGAUAUAAAGGCAGGACCUGUUGGAAGGAGAGAGCUUGUGUAAUCUCUGGCUGCACAUGAGCACUGCAGACUCUUCAGCUGGAAAAGCAGAGCAAAAGCUCCAACAGAGGACUUCCAAACUGCAGACAGAGAGCAGGCAGAAAUAGUGGAAGAAGAAUAGAAAGAAGGAGCCGAACAAAAAACUGUUGGAUUACACCGACCAUGCCGGGACCUGUGCUGCUGCUGCUGUCCCUGUUGGUCCUGUCCUUAGGAAGUGAUGCCAGACAAAUCAGGAAAAGAGAACUCAACCAAAAGGACUAUGAGUACCCCAACCAAUCUCAGUCCACGCAGCACCAAAAGAACGACCGAUGUCCGCCACCGCCGCAGAUGCUGCCAGAGCGAGCCUGCGAGGUGCCGGGUUGCCGUUCAGACUCGGAGUGUGAGCGCCAUAAACGAUGCUGCUACAAUGGAUGCAUAUACGCUUGUCUGGAGUCUGUUCAACCACCACCAGUGCUGGACUGGCUGGUCCAACCCAAACCUCGAUGGUUGGGGGGAAAUGGCUGGCUUUUGGACGGCCCUGAGGAAGUUUUGCAGGCUGAGGCUUGCAGUACAACGGAGGAUGGAGAUGAGCCUCUACACUGUCCGACAGGCUACGAAUGCCACAUCAUAAACGCAGGAAACCCAGCCGCUGGGAUCCCAAACCGCGGACAAUGUAUCAAGCAGCGUGUCAAUUCUGAUGGGCGUGACCUCAGGCACAAAUACUUCAAGGACUACAAGGAUUACUUAGGGACGAGUUCUAACAAUGCAGUGAGAUAUGAAAAACAUCUCAAGAACCUGGGAUAAAAUCAGCAUGACCUCAGCUUCAGCCAUGACCCAAACCAUCACCUCAUCAAUCAUCAGCCUAGUCCUGUUCUACUGUCUGUCCUCCACCACACCUGAAACCGGAUCAGAUCUGACCCUGUGACCAAAAAAAAACAGCUGCUACCUCCUCUUUACAAAGCCCCACGAUGCAGCCUCGCCUCACUCCGGAAGAACUCUGGGAGACCAAAGAAAACAACCAAAAAAUAAAGCAUCUUUGUGUCUUCAUCUGGUCUGUUCAAAAAGAAAUAGAAAGUGUGGAUCAUCAAGCUGGUGACUGAAGGUAGAGUGAACACCAAAGCUGUUCAUCAUGUUUCUGUAAAAUGAAAACGCAAUCCCUUUUUCAU